UGCGUGGCUGUGGAGGUGAAAGGCGUGAACGCGCUUCGUGAUCCUUACGUCACCGGAGCGCCCUGGCUUGGGAAGCUGCUCGUAGUGCUGGCAGGGGAAGGGAGAGCGGGUAGAAAGGGGAGAAAUAGCUAGCUGACUGUUACACUAAAUGGUUGUAUUUUACUGAGAGACGUUUUCUCAGAUAACGGUCCUUUGGUGACGGUGGAUGCGGCGCGGCGGCGGUAACUCACACCGGUCGGACGGGAUAUGCGAGGAGGUUGGUUGUGCUGUUCCACAUUUGGGAGCGAUGGAGUGACUGAACCCUGUAAUUGACGCGGCUUUUCAGCACAGAUCCAAGCUCCUAGACUUACAUCAGAAGAAGUACUGCUUCACCAAAGAAGGUCCUCUCAGCACAUGAAAAAUUUAAGGAAAUAAUUGCUCUCUUUCUUUUGCUUUUUAAGUUUUUUUUGUCAUUCAGUCUCAGACAGUAUAAUAAAAAAAAUCAGUUUAAAGGCCAAAAGUGUUUCUUUGCAGGGAUUUGGUCUUGGUUCUUUUGUGUGUGAGAGGUGUUGGUCUAACUCGGCAUCAUGUAUGGCAGUGCCCGCUCCGUGGGCAAGAUGGAGGGCAACAACCAGAGCCCUGGGCGUUCUCCACGGCUGCCUCGCUCACCCCGUCUGGGGCACAGGCGCACCAACAGCACCGGUGGCAGCGGUGGGGGCGCGGGAGGCUCUGGAGGCAAGACGCUCUCUAUGGAGAACAUUCAGUCGCUGAAUGCAGCAUAUGCUGCCUCGGGCCCCAUGUACCUUAGUGACAACGAGGUUGUAGUGGCACCUCCUGACCAACCCAAAAGCACCAUGACGCUGGGUCGCUCCGGCGGUCGGCUCCCCUACGGAGUCCGUGGAGCGGUCAUGGGCAGCAGCCCCAACAUCGCCACGGCAGCACCGCCCAGCGCCGGUCCUAGCGACGCCAUUGCAUUCGGGGACCACCACAUGCCCUCGGGCCUGGCAUCCACGGUGCCUCAUUCGCUGCGCCAGGCGCGGGACAAUACCAUCAUGGACCUGCAGGCGCAGCUCAAGGAGGUCCUGCGGGAGAACGAGCUGCUACGCAAGGAGGUGGACAUGAAGGAGAGCAAGCUAAGCUCCUCCAUGAACUCCAUCAAGACCUUCUGGAGCCCCGAGCUGAAGAAAGAGCGUUCCCUGCGCAAGGACGAGGUCUCGAAGAUGGCUGUGUGGAAGGAACAGUACAGAGUGAUUCAGGAGGAAACCCAGCACUUGCAGAUGACCAUCCAGGCCCUGCAGGAUGAGCUGCGCAUCCAGCGUGACCUGAACCAGCUGUUCCAGCAAGACUGCAGCACGCGGCCUGGCGAGCCGCUAGGCGCCGAGCUCACCGAGGAGAACUUCCAGCGGCUGCACGGCGAGCACGAGCGGCAGGCCAAGGAGCUCUUCCUGCUGCGCAAGACACUGGAGGAGAUGGAGCUGCGCAUCGAGACGCAGAAGCAGACCCUUAGCGCCCGCGACGAGUCCAUCAAGAAGCUGCUGGAGAUGCUGCAGAGCAAGGGGCUGCCGGCCAAGGCUAGCGAGGAGGACCACGAGCGGACGCGGCGCCUGGCCGACGCCGAGAUGCAUGUACACCACCUGGAGAGCCUGCUGGAGCAGAAGGAGAAGGAAGUCGGCACUCUGCGCGAGGAGCUGCAUCGGCGCUAUGAGGGAGCCCCAGAAUCAGCCAAAACCAAGGCCCUGCAGACCAUCAUUGAGAUGAAGGACUCUAAGAUCAGCUCCAUGGAGCGAAGCCUGCGGGACCAGGAUGAGGAGAUACAGAUGCUCAAGUCCAACGGUGCACUGAGCACGGAGGAGCGAGAGGAGGAGAUGAAGCAAAUGGAGGUCUACCGCAGUCACUCCAAGUUCAUGAAGAACAAGGUAGAGCAGCUGAAGGAGGAGCUGUCUCAGAAAGAGGCCCAGGGGGAGGAGCUGAAAAAGCGUGCGGCUGAGCUGCAGCGGGAGGUCUAUGCAAUUGACCAGGUGAAGCAGGACCUCUCCAGGAAGGACACGGAGUUGCUGGGCCUGCAGACCAAGCUGGAGACGCUGACCAACCAGUUCUCAGACAGCAAGCAGCACAUCGAGGUGCUUAAGGAGUCGCUGACGGCCAAGGAGCAGCGUGCAGCCAUCCUGCAGACCGAGGUGGACGCGUUGCGUCUCCGCUUGGAGGAGAAGGAGACCAUGCUGAACAAGAAGAGCAAGCAGAUCCAGGAGAUGUCUGAGGAAAAGGGGACAUUGAAUGGGGAGAUCCAUGACCUGAAGGACAUGCUGGAAGUCAAGGAGCGCAAGGUCAACGUCCUGCAGAAGAAGAUCGAGAACCUGCAGGAGCAGCUGAGGGACAAGGAGAAGCAGAUGAGCAGUCUGAAGGAAAGAGUCAAAUCUCUGCAGGCGGACACCUCCAACACGGACACCGCCCUGACCACCCUGGAGGAGGCGCUGGCUGAGAAGGAGCGCAUCAUCGAGCGUCUGAAGGAGCAGCGGGACCGUGACGAGCGUGAGAAGAACGAGGAGCUGGACAACAACAAGAAAGAGCUGAAGGAGCUGAAGGAGAAGAUCAGCCUGCUGCAGGGAGACCUGUCUGAUCGCGAGACGUCUCUGCUGGACCUGAAGGAGCACGCGUCUUCGCUGGCUUCCUCAAGCCUGAAGAAGGACUCCAAGCUGAAAAGCCUGGAGAUCGCCCUGGAGCAGAAGAAGGAGGAGUGUCUCAAGCUGGACAACCAGCUGAAGAAGUGCUCUGAUCUCAUGUCAGGCCGUCACUGCUGCCUUGCGCACAACGCCGCCGUCGAAGCCCAAGCGAACACGGAGCUGUCGGAGCGCAUCAGUAACCUGGAGCAGGAUGUGGCCAGGCACCGCGAGGAUGCCGGCAAGUCCCAGGCCGAGGUGGACCGCCUGCUGGAGAUUCUGCGCGAGAUGGAGAACGAGAAGAAUGACAAGGACAAGAAGAUCAAUGAACUGGAGAGGCAAAUGAAGGACCAGAGUAAGAAGGUGGCCAACUUGAAGCACAAGGAGCAGGUGGAGAAGAACAAGAAUGCCCAGCUUAUGGAGGAGGCCCGUAAACGGGAGGACAACAUGAACGAGAGCUCCCAGCUGGUGAAGGAUUCCCUCCGACUGAAGGAUGAUCGCAUCGAGGAGCUGGAGGAGGCGCUGCGAGAGAGCGUGCAGAUCACAGCGGAGCGGGAGAUGGUGCUGGCCCAGGAGGAGGCGGCCCGCACGCAUGCCGAGAAGCAGAUGGAGGAGCUGCUGGCGGCCAUGGAGAAGGUGAAGCAGGAGUUGGAAUCCAUGAAGGCCAAACUGUCGUCCACCCAGCAGUCCCUGGCCGAGAAGGAAGCCCACCUGACCACGCUGCGUGCUGAGCGCAGGAAGCAUUUGGAGGAGGUGCUGGAGAUGAAGCAGGAGGCACUAUUGGCUGCCAUCAGUGAGAAGGAUGCCAAUAUCGCCCUCCUGGAGCUGUCGUCCUCCAAGAAGAAGAAGACGCAGGAAGAGGUGGCCCUGCUGAAGCGGGAGAAGGACCGCUUGGUACAGCAGCUGAAACAGCAGACCCAAAAUCGCAUGAAGCUGAUGGCCGACAACUACGAAGAUGACCACCUGAAGGCCUCUUCGCAUUCCGAUCAGACCAAUCACAAACCCUCUCCAGAUCAGAUCAUCCCCUCUCUUAUAGACCUCAACCAGAACCGCAGUAAACUGAAGCUGUACAUUGGCCACCUGACCGCCCUGUGCCACGAGCGAGACCGCCACAUCCUGCAGAACCUGGCCCCACCCCCCGCCUACCACCGCAGCGAGCGGGCAGCCUGGGAGGAGGAGCUGCAGAGGAUGAGUCUGGAGCAGCUGGAGGGCGAGCUGGAGAGGUGCGAGCAGGAAAGCGCAGAGCUACAGGAAUAUGCCAACUCUGUCCUGCAGCAGAUUGCAGACCACUGCCCAGAUAUCCUGGAGCAGGUGGUAAAUGCCCUGGAGGAGUCCUCCUGACCCCACCUGCGGGCUCCCACACCUCAUCUCUUCGUUGUCUCAUGCCCCCCUCCAACAUGCUCAUGCUCACUUCCUCCCUCUCUGCCCCCCCACCACCUCCACCACCAGUCCACCAUGCCGGUUUCCCUCAAGGAGUUCUCUGCGGCCUUUGACCUUUGACCUCCCGGUCCUCCAGGAAGCAAAAAAAUAAAUAAGUCAGCCCACGAAGAACAGGUACCUAGACCAACAGGACUUUGUCAGCCUCAGCAACUCAGACCUACAUCCUCACCUGCAUCUGUGGCUCCAGUAUCCCCCCCCCCUCCAUCUGUUGUGUGGUUGUUUACUUCAUGGUGUAGGACAUGCAUAUCAGCCAGUUCCAGCACCAAGGGAGCACAGGCGACCCGGAAGGCUAGGAGCCCCCCUCCCCCCCGUUUCAGAACACUGUAACCGAUCUCCGCUCGGGUCACCCAACAGCUGCCCAAAAUGUGUUCUUGCACUCUUGCAUGCCUCUUUGAAAAGACCACAUUUUGGGGAUGGAGUUUUUUUUUUGUGUGCUUGGGGUGGGGGAGGUGUGAGACAUUUGAUAUUGAGACAGCACAAUGACCUUAUAAUUGCAGGAUGUUGAAAAUGGUUGAAAAGAGUUGAAUACUUUUUUUUUGUCUGCGGUGUCUGGUUACUUUAGCAUACACAGCGGGCCGCUGACUUGGUGGAAAGCGGUAAAAGUUAAAGGCUUUGUGGGGGGCUUUCAGAUUCAGGAACGCUCCCGUACACUUUUCCCUACAACCGUAGCCCGUUAAAGGACAGAGGCCCCAUGUGUGUGUAGCUGCGGAUUAUUUCUGAAAUGAGUAUGAACUUUUAUUGAGCAUGAGAAUGAUCAGCUCAGCAAUGUGGCUACAAAGCAUCCCCAGUGCCAGUCACUGCCUUUAAGAUCUGCGUACAAAGUUCUGUUCUAAGUAUGAACGGUAUAAACGUAAUGAUUGGUUCGGUUCGCUUAACUGCAAACUCACAGCUUCACUUGACUUUGAAAGUCACACACCAUUGCCUUUGAUUUAGACUUUUUUGCUGCUAUGAUUCUUGUCUCUGUUGUAUCUAGUAUCAUUUUACUGCUUUCAAAAUAUAACCGUAUGAUUUAACACUAGCUGGUUAUUUGCAGAUGAUUUUCCUCAAACACUAUAGACUUAGCUAAUUACUAAGUACUUGUCACUACUUUGAACCAUUAGCCGUUCCCAAACUUGCAUUCUGUUGCUGGUUGUAUCUUGUUUACAGAGGCGUCUGCCCCUAAAGACGCUACAUGAAGUUGCUGCAGGUGGUAUUCGCAUAGUCGGGUAGUUCUUGGUGUUAAGACACUAAUGCUGAUUCCCUAAUUGGAUUUGUCUGAACUGUGUUUCAUCUAUAUGAGGCAAAGACGCUAUUUACUGCCCAGCUCUACAUCUCACAGGAAGUGAUGUCACAGGAAGAGGUGAGGCUUACCCCAAGACCCUACCUGUAUCUCAGUGGGUCAUCACGGAGGUGGUACCACCAUAGGGACAGUGUAAGGUACCAGGACUCCCACUAGAUUGAGGGGCAUGAGCUUUUGAUCCCACCCCUCUGUCUCUGAGGUAGGGUUAUGCUGAACUGUCUAAGUGGAAGGGGCAGCUGUGUCUCAGGCUCAGGAUGGAGGUGUAGUGUGCUGGUUGUGAGGUGGGUCUCUGUUUUGGACAGGCCCCUGUCUGAUGAGCUUUCAUGAGGCUCGGCUGAGCACAGCAAACACAGAGUAGCACAAGUACAGAUAAGCACAAAGACUUGAACCAGGGAAAGGGGCAGGAGAUGUGUGCUAGGAUCACUGGAGAAAGUCCGUAAUGUGGCUCCAGCGUUAGGUGACGUAGAAUGAGUCACAGGCUGAAAGGCGGCAUAUUUCCCCAAACGGUGCAUAGGCCGUAGUCCUGAGGGCUGCACCACCACGCGCUGGACGUUGCUUCUCCACCUACUGCACCUGUAAUGCAUUUUUUUUUUAUGUACGCCGGUGUGCUGUGCCUUGAGUUCUCGUUUUACACUACCAAGAUUCACUAUGACGCGUAUGUUUGUUUCCUGCUGUUUUGGGUGUUAAAUGUUCAGGGAGAGUUGAUGAUUCACUGCCUCCAAGUGUCUCUGAGUUGUGGCUGAAGAUGGUGUUCCCCUGCCUGGAACUCUUUAGAGGACAGGGUCAGAUGGUGGAUCUAAAAUUAUCUUUGCUGCCUUAUUGCCCAGACAGGGUCAGUCAGUAGAUCUGUGCUCAACUAGUACUGUCUUGCAGCCCAGACAGGGUCAUCCAGCAGAUCUGUAUUUGGCUGUUGUCGGCUCACGGGCCAGACAGGGUCAGGCAGUGGAUCUGUGCUCAGCUGGUAUUGUCUUAGGGCCCAGACAGGGUCAAGCAGUGGAUGUGUUCUCUGCUGUUGCUGUCUUUGGACCUAGAAAGGGUCAGCCAACAGAUUUGUAUUCAGCUGUUGUUGUCUCAUGGCCCAGACAGGGUCAGGCAGUGGAUCUGUGCUCAGCUGGUAUUGUCUUGUGGCCCAGACAGGGUCAGACAGUGGAUCUGUACUCCACUCUUAAUGCCUGAUAGCCCAGGCCUCGUGAACCCUGUUUGAAAGGCAGAGUUCGGCACUUCAUGGCUGCUGCUGCUUGGCCCCCACAGCUCUCUCCCCGCGUGUCAUGUGUAGCCUGGCAUCGACUGACUUAUCGGCAAGUUUGAGGACUUUCGUCUUUAUCGGUUCACCUUUUUAUAGUUGCCUUUGCACGACUUCAUGCUGCUUCCUUAUUCCGUUGCUAGCUCUUACCACUAGAAGGAAUGGUGAUAACAAUGCUUUUCUCCUGGAUCGCGGUUCCUGCCGGGGCAGGUUUACGUGACUCUCGGCCAUGCCAGGGCUGUUGCCGGUAUGCUCAGCUCGGUGUAUAGGCCUGGCUUAGCCUAGACUUCGUAGAGCAGUUGGUUGUGCGGCUCGGAUCGGCUCGGCUCACACACCCCAUUGCCCACCCCUCACCUGUGCCAGGAGCAUGUCCCCCGUACAGGAUGUUCUCCUGAAGCUUAGUCUCCAUUCAUGGUCUUCACCACAGCGACAUGACCCUCUCAGGGUGCUUGUAGGCGAUCCCCUUUCACAUAGCAGGGAAAAAGAAGACCUUUGGUGGUCUGUUGUUGUGCUGUCUUUCCCAAAAUAUGCUUGUUUCUCCUUAAUUGUUUAUGGAUAAAGGAGUGAUAUGAACCAGAUUCUUCAUGGACAGGGGAUGGCAUGGAGAAGAGAGGGUCAGCAGAGGAUAAGUCCCAUGUCUCUGGUGCUACAUUACAUGGAGAGGGGAGAUCGGAUGAGGGUCUUGUUUUCUUUUUGUUGUUGUUCUGCGUCGCAUUGAAUUCCCGUAUUUAUGAGAGAGAAUGUUUAUGCAAGCACAGGAGAGAGAGUGUCCUCGGUCACAUGACAUGUGACAUCACCACCGCCGUAGGUGAGUCCAUAUUCGAAACACUUUAUGUAAGCUAAAUAAAAAAAAAAAGGAUGUUGUAAUAUUUGUGCUUUGAGGAAAAAAAAACAAAACAAAAAAAAGCCGUAAACUUGUCGUCUGUGUUUAUGGUCUACGUCGAUUCUGGGUGUUCUGUCGUCUCUCUCGGUCCUGUUUAUUCUCGUCCUCCACUUUCCUGGCGGGGCGUUUCUGUGAGGUCGCUGUGUUCUGUCUCUGUCUGGGCUUGCGGCAGGUGUUCACACACUUGUCCCGCAGCUACGUCCGAAGCGUUCAGGUGGAGUGCAGACUGCCAGCUAUCCCAGACUGUAAUGUUACAAAGUAUACAUAUGCAUAGACAGAAGUAUAUAUUUAUAUAAACGACAUAGAUGGAUAGACAUAGUUGAAAAUGUUUUUUGCACAAAAUGUCCGAGGGGAAAGACAAGAUAUCUCUGAACAAAAUGGCUCGCAAUCGCUCUCUUGUGUCUUUAAAAGAAGUGAACGAAUAAAACAAUACUAGGUGUCAGAAAACUGUUACGUGUCAAAACAAGGUGUUAACACAAAGAUCCUACAACCGUUACCAUGUGGUUAAAAAAAGUACUGUUACUCUGUACUCGGUAUCUGAAUUUCGGAUUUUAUUUUAUUUUUUUGUGUUUUGCAGCCUGUUCAUAAUGUGUGUGUGACUCUUGAGACUGCGGUGUGUUUUUUUUUAAUCAGCGACAUGUGUGUCUAUCCAGGGAGUCCUAACCCACCAGCACUGUGUUUCUGUAGGGUUAAACUAAUGCCAAGACCUUUACUGACAGACUGUGAUGUCAUACUAUGACGGUUGUUGGUCAGUAUGCCUACCUAGCUCCCCCUGCCCCCCCCCCACUGACCCCCAAGAUAUCCCCCCAUCCAUGACUCUGAAACUGCCAAACUGAUAACCGGUAUUACAUCAUUGCUCUGUCAAGCAUGCGGCCUCCAUAUUUAGACUCGCCAGUUUCAGUAAUGUUACCAUUGGUCAUAAACACAUUCAAUGUUAAGCACUGAAGUCAUUUAGACAGAUGAUCAGUUUAAUAGCCCACUAAUAUUUGUGGGGUAAAACUGAUUUUUUUUUUAUUUAUUUUUUUUUUACACACCAUGAUUUUUUUAAACUGAAAUUUCAUGUGUAAUAAUGGACUUUGGAAUCUUUCAGCUCCCAGCUGUGAAAUGUUUCCCUAGUAAGCAGCUCCAGAUCUGUCUUUGAUCAUCAUUUGCAUCAUCCUAGAGUUUAAUUUAGCCCUGGAAAAAUAACAUAUUGCACAGCCUCUCUCAUUAUAUCGGAACAUUCAGCGUCCUUCAGGUCUAAACCAAAGGUGAGAAGUUUAAUAUUCACCGAACGAGAGAUAUAGGUUGUGCCAGCUCACAUAGAACAUUGUUAGAAACAACAGCAUCUGAAUUCAGCUCAUGGUUACCAUGUUGUGAUCUGAGUCAGCCAGCACAUGUAAACAAUGCCAGAAUUGCUAUGUCUGACACGAUUUUGGGGUCCAUUCAGCAACAGCAGCGCCCCACUUUAAGUGGUUGUGUUCCUCUCCUUGAGUCCUGGCCACAAAUGGACCGGAGUCACACUUCCUCAUCCCCAGAUCCUUAACAUUGACAUCAUCUCUCCUGGAUUUGAACGGGUCCAUUUUUUUAAGUCGUCUUUUUUAUACAGCAUCCUUGAAACACCGUGGUGGUUGGGCACCCCUUUCCCCUUUAUUCAAUAGAGUAAGAAAAAAAAAUUCAAACUUCGAAACAAAUUUUUGUUCUGGGUUGUUAUUUUCAAUUUUGAAAAAUGAAAUGUACUGCCUUUUAUUCAUCUGUGUUGGGGGAAAAAAACGCUGGAGAUUUCUGUAAAAAAAAAAAAGACAUUGUAUUCAUUUUUUGCCUUUGUAUAUAUAUAUAAACACUACAUUAUCAGCCUUUU